UUUAUACAACACUGACUCAUAACUGACUCAUAACUGUAGUACAGUAGGUUACCCACAAGCUCCGCCUUCUCAGUGACGCAGACGGACAUAGCUGUUUAUUCGCGUUUAUGCGCAUGAAAGAUUUUGGUGGUUGUGGUUAAAGCCUUCCCUGGAAAGUACUAACGCCAGCCGUAAGAAAAAAAUGUUUUUCAGAAAACUGGGCCAACAGCUGGGGCGACCCACUCAGUCUAUCUCUGGGUGGUUGAUUAGCAAGUUCCUGAAGAGGAAUAACCAGAUCCUGGAGGAGAAUGCAGUGAGGCUGUGUGAGAUCCAGCCUCAUGAGACAGUGUUGGAGCUGGGACAUGGUCCAGGUCUGGGUUUGCAGGUGGCUGUCAAACUUCUCACCGAACCUAGAGGAAAGUUGCUGGGGGUGGAUUACUCCAAUUAUAUGCACCACAUGGCCACAAAGAGUAUGCAGGGUCACAUAGCCAGUGGAAAAGUAGCUCUGUACUGCUGUGAUGUAGCAGAAAUGCCAUUAGAAGACAGCAGUGUGGAUAAAGUGUUCCACUGCAAUUGCUACUACUUCUGGCCUGAUAUGAAGACAGCAGCCUCAGAGAUAUACCGAGUGAUGAAACCAGGUGCGCUAAUGGUGACGACCCUCAGGCUGGAUCAUAUUGUUGGCUUUGCAUCUAGGAACGUGUUUUAUGGUGAAAACUGGCAACCCGAAGUUUACAUGAAGGCACUGCAGUCCUGUGGUUUCACUGAUGUCCGAAUGGAGAACAGAAGAGACAAGCUCCUCCCAUUUCAAGCCAUUUAUGCUAUAGCUGCUAAGUAAAGCAGAAACAUCUCUGUUUUGUUAGAUGUAUAUCUGUCACUCAUGAUCAUGCUUUCCCACCUUGUCCACUCUUACUUACACCCUGCAAUCAUAUUCUCACAUAAAACUUAUUCACUCACUUUUUCACUUAUACACUGUCUCAUGUACCAAUUCCACAUACAAUCCCUCCAUCACUUAAUAUCAGUUAUGUAUUAACAUUGAUUGUCCUAAUCAGUGCUUUGUUUACUGCAUUAAAAUCAUGACUGAUUGACAAACCAUCUUCAUGUUACCAGACCUCAGGACCACGAUCUGUUUAUUGGUUGUAUGUGGUUUUACAGGCUCUAAAAUAGUUCACCUACAGCAUAGGAUAUCCUUAGUGAGUAUCAGUGAUUUUUCCUAUUGCUCUGCUCCUGAGACUUCCACAAGGUUAAUUCCUCCAUCUAAUGAAGCAUAAUGUUUACAUUUACCGCGGUGCAGAUAACAUUAAGCUCUAUCCCCUGAAAUAUAUUGAAAGCUGAACCUUAAUGUUUCUUGCCAAUUUUCUUGAGGUUAUUACGUGAUGGAUGGUGUCUAGUUUCAUGUCGAGUCAGACGAUUAUUAUAAUUAUUAUUAUUUUAAUUAUCGUCUGUUGAGGUUUAAAGGGCCUUGCUCAGGGGUUCAGGAGCAGCAGCUUGGCGGCCCUGGGAUUUGAACUCACAACCUUCUGAUCAGUCACACCUUAGCCACUGAAUUACUACUUUCCUAAUCACUAUCAUUUUACAUUAUAUGUAUUCAAGUCCUUAUUUUAUUUCUUGUACCGAUUUAUUUGAUGUUCAGCACUAUGGCCAACACAGUGUGCUUUCUGAAUAAAUUUGACUGAUUAUUUUGUCAGAUCGGAGAAAGCUUUGUACAUGGAAAU